UUUGGCUCCUAGUAGUACCUUGGGAACAUCUAUUUAUCUCUCUUUUACUAAUUAAAUUUAUUUCUCACCAUGGAGUGCUAUAUAAAUGAAGUUAUCAAUGGCUACAUUGAAAGGAAAAAAAAUUAGGUUGGUGAAUUUCUCAUUCUGUCAUUACAUAUUGGUCACAAACCUACUUUAGUUAACAUGGGAUUUAACUUUUAAAUUGCAUCUUAUCCUUUCCUUUUACAUAGCUCUGGAAUUAGUUAUGUAAUAAAUUAGGAAGAAAUUUUUUAUUUUUACACAGCAAUUACCCUCUGUGAAUUGUUGCAGGCCCAUCAAAAUCAUGAAAGUAGGUAAUUAAUCUUAAAAAAAAUUAAGAAAAUUUUUCUCUUAGAAAAUAAAACAAAAGAUAUAGUGAACUACAUUUAGAAUUUUUAUUGAUCAUUACAAAUGUCAUGUUCAUAUUCAUUAGUACUGUCACGUUUCAAUUUGAUGUGCUUAUGCUAUGUUCAAAUCAGUUCCAGAAGACCAUAAAGAUGAAGAAGAAGAUGAAGACGAUGAAGAUGAAGAAGAUAAUUGAAGGCAUUGUUGUUAUGGAGGCUCUUGUCUCCGUUGAAGCUGAAGGGUUCAGGUCUGUCAAAGUUGCUAUAGACAAGGCUAAGAAGCAGUGCAGAUUCAGCCUGGGUAGUGCAUCCUUCUAUGCUUCUUCAACCUUGAUGUCCAGGAGGGAGGCGUAUAUGGUCUGUAAUUUGUUUGGUUUAUUGGAUUUGGAAGACAAUAAUUGUAGAUGUGAUUUUUGAUGGAAAUAGAGAUGACCACACCAUAAUACAGUGUGGCUCUCUGCAUGUGAUUAUUUCCCAUGGCUUGGUGAUUGAUCCUUCCCGCAAGGAGGAUGUAAAUCUGGAAGGUUUGGUCUGAAUUUAAAUAAAGAGACACAAUUGUAUGAAGCAUAGUGACUAUUGGGUUUGGAGACUCAAUAUCAAUGGAUGUAACCACUGAUAAAGAGAUAUCAUGUAGCCUAUAAAUAGAUGGCUGGAACAAUGGAACUACACACUUGGAAUUUCUAAUUAUUCUCUCUUUGUUUUCACUUCCGGAUUAUAUCUUCUUCUUGCGUGAUAAACACCCUCAUGGGAUUAUCGAUCUUUGCCAUUGAUUGUUUUUCCUUCAAUUUUUGCUUGUUAAGUUUUCACUUUACUGUUACUAAAGCUACUUGGUGGGCUGUUCAUACAGCUCAAGUUCUAGCUACGUCUGCUUUCAAUAAGAUCAGUAAGUUCUGUUAUGUUCUUGUUCUGUUUUAUAUAUUUAUAUAUGAACUCUCUUUUUUUCCCUUUUCUUUUUGAAGAAAAAGAAGUAGCCUUGAAAGUGCAACUCAUUUUGAAAAAAAACUACAAUGAGAAUAGGAAGAACCAGCAUGGGUAAUAAUAAGAAAAUUCUUUGUCAAUGGAUAUUGCAUAAGAAAAUAUGCAAUUCAAACUAUCCAUAUCAGAAAAUAUACAACUGACAGAACAUAGCAAAACUCAUGAUUGUUUUAUUACAUUGCCAACAAUCCAUACCAUUAGGUAUAUAACUAAUUACUAGCUAGUUAUGUAUUCCAGUGUAUUUUCAACAUUUAUUCUCAUCUUCAUCAAGUGAAGCAAGCGAAAAA